AUGACGUUUAGGAAGAAGGGUGAUGAAGAUUAUGAGAAUGAUCCGAUCGAGGAAGACGAGAUCAAGUCCACUGCAUCCACAAAGACCCUCCAGGAUGAAAGAGAUGAUGAGGGAUUCCUUACCAAGUCUCAAAGACUCUUUGUCCUUGAGUUCUUCACGAUCUCUGCCUUGAGAUCUAUGAGGAAUUGGAAGGGUCGCGUUCCAAGUGGCUCAAACAAGCGCGAACUACUCAUGACCGCAGUACCGCUCACUAAGACAAAAGUCCAGCUCAUGGACUUUAUCCUUUCCGCUUGUCCCGACGAGAUCUAA